CACCUAACUUCGAGUAUACAUUUAGAUACUAAAUACCUUAAAGCUCUAGUCCAGACGGUGAUCAAGAUGCUUGCAAUCAGUACAAUUCGAUCGGGAUUGCGUCCAAUGGGCGCACGUGUCUGUGGUGUCGUCUGGAAUCGUAGUUACAGCAGUGUGGGCGCGGAAGUACAGAGAGAAAAUCUUGAGGGAGAAAAUGAAGGUAUCACAGUCCUCACACUCAAUCGGCCAAAGGGUAUGAAUUCGCUCAGUCGCAAGUUUUUACAGGAGAUCAAGGAGCAUGCCGACGCCAUCCGAUUCGAUCAAUCUGUACGCGUAGUUGUGCUCAAGAGUGCGCUCGAGAAAGUGUUCUGCGCUGGUGCGGAUCUCAAGGAGCGAGCCACUAUGUCCGAGACAGAGGUAUCAGAGUUCCUAUAUAAACUCAGAGGGACAUUCACAGAGAUAGAGAACCUCCCCAUGCCCACAAUCGCAUGCAUUAACGGUGCAGCUCUUGGUGGCGGGUUAGAGUUGGCCCUAGCUUGUGACCUCCGUGUUGCUGGACCGCGGUCAAAGCUUGGUCUUCCCGAAACGAGACUGGCUAUCAUCCCUGGAGCUGGCGGCACACAAAGGCUGCCGCGAACGAUAGGUGUACCAAAGGCGAAAGAGCUGAUUUUCACAGGGAAGAUCUUAACUGCCGAGAAAGCCGAACAAAUAGGACUUAUAACGGAAGCCGUGACCGAGGGCGAUCCCCUCGACAAGGCCUUGGAGUUGGCACGCAAUAUCCUCCCUGCUGGACCAGUGGCUCUCCGAAUGGCAAAGCAAGCGAUCAGUCAGGGAUCCGAAGUUGAACAGGCUGUUGGUAUGGCAAUCGAGCAGGCAUGCUAUGCACAAGUGAUUCCUACGCAAGACAGGACUGAGGGCUUGACUGCUUUCCGAGAAAAGCGAAAGCCAGUCUACAUAGGCAAAUGAGUUAGCUAUUUGUACUCAGUUUGUACACCUAAUUAAUCGAUGUGGGACCGUAAACAAUGGCGCGAGCAUUAAACCGAGUGAUCUAGUGAAGAGUUUGGCUGCCACUACAUUUUAAC